AUGAAUUUUUCAAAUAAGUCUAUAGGCUCACCUAUUACAGUUUUAGGACUUAUUUUGUACCUUAUAGGGGUUUUCUUGUGGUUUGAUAGAUUAUUUUUGCUCAUAGGCAAUACUCUAUUCUUGAUUGGGACUGGAUAUUUAACUGGAAUAUCUGGGUUAAUAUUUUUCUUUAUGAAGCCAUCAAAGCUUAAAGGUACAAUCUGCUAUUUCAUCGGAUUCUUUUUGAUUUUAGUAGGCUGGUCAACAGUAGGUGGAAUCCUUCAACUUUAUGGCAUUUAUCAACUCUUUAAAGAUUUCAUCCCACAAAUACUGCAUUCUGUCAAAUUUAUUCCAGGAAUUGGACCUAUUCUCAGCAAUUCUCAGUUUUAUCAAGAUUUAAUUAUGAAACUCAACAAAGGAAAAAAAUCAAGCUAUGUGUAA